AUGAGCGAGCUGUCGUCACGCUCGCACGCCAUGUUCACCAUUAUUGUGGAAAUCAUGGAGGGCGACGAGCCAAACCCCACAUCGUACCGCUUCGGCAAACUUAACAUCGUCGACCUCGCCGGCAGUGAGAAGGUGCGGCAGGCCGGCGUCACCGGGCAGCGGCUCGAGGAGACGAAGAAGAUCAACAGGUCACUGCAUGAGCUGGGCAACGUCAUCUCGGCGCUCGCCAGUAAGUCAGGCGGACGAAAUCGACACGUGCCCUUCCGAAACUCCGUCCUCACGAGCGCGCUGCGGGACUCGCUGGGCGGAAACUGCAAGACGACACUCAUCGCCUGCAUCUCGCCCGCGCUGGAGUCCUACACGGAGUCGCUCUCCACACUCGUGUUUGCCAACCGCGCGAAGAAUAUCAAGAACACGGCGUUUAUCAACGAAGACUUUGAUCAGGCAACGCUGCUGCGCAAGUACGAGCAGGAGCUGAAGAAGCUGCGGCAGCAGCUGCAGGAUCGCGAGGCCAUGUCGAGUGUCAGCGGUGGCGUUGACGCGGGGCUCGUGUCGGAGCUGCGGCAAGGUAUGCGGCGAGCGGAAGAGGACCGCGAGGCGGCGCUGGAGGCCCUGCACGAGUCGUCGCGCGCCCACCAAGAGGAGCUGGCGGUGCGCAAGCGCUUCGAAGAACGCAUCCAGGAGCUCGAGUUGAUGCUGGAGAACGGUGGCUUUAAAGGGGGGCCGCGCACUUCGGACGAAUAUGCGCUACGCCUUGACGAACUCGACCGCGAGCGGCAAGUUAUGGAGGAGGACAAGGCGCAAGUGGACCGGUACAAGCAGCUGCUGCUGAAGCAGCGCGAUAUCAUGCUGAGCCUCACGACGCGACUUAACGAGCGGGAUGAGACGAUCCUGCAGCUACAGGAGGAGGUGGACGCGUACGACGCGCAAGUGCAGAUGCUGGAGGACACGCUGGAAGCAAUGCAGCAGCAGCAGCAGAAGGCGAAUGGGAGUCCCAACAGCAAGUCCUCCGUGCCUCUCUCACGGGCGCAGGCGGAGGAGUACGUGCAGCGUGCGCGAGCUCCCCCACGAGGCGGUAACAACGGUGGGGAGGUGCGGUACCGGGCGGAUGUGAACCCGUCGGUGUUGCUCACAGCAGAGGAGAAGAUGGUCGAGCUGCUGCUCAGCGAUCGUGUGGAGGUGCAUUCAGCGGCUGCGACGGCAGCGAUGCAGAUGGACGAGGAUAUGAAGCGCCACCUAAGUGGACUUGUGCAGGGCCGCGCUGAGACGAUUGUGCAGCGGCAGCUUGAUGAUCAAUUCUGGCAGCUGCGCCGCGAGCUGGAGCACGCGCAGGGCCAGCUGCUCGCAAGUGAACAGAGGCGCGACGCCUUGGAGCGGCUGAUGGAGGCCGCAAAGGCGCAGCCCGCCGCUGUUCAGGAUACCAUUGUCCGCGCGCGUCGCCACAUUGAUGAGCAGCAGGAGAUUGUACGUAAGGCGUACGAGGGUCGCAUACAGGCCCUGCAGCAGCAGCUGUCGCAGGAGCGUGAGCAGCGCAUGCGUCUCACCAGUGAAGUGGACACGUUGGGUGUGGAGUCGCGCAGGGCGCUGGAGUGCUGCACCACUGCAGCUCAGCGGGCGGAGAUCAACGACGUCUGCCUGGCACUGCAGCGAUUAGAGGAGCUCAUUCGCCGAGAGACGCGGCAAGGCGUAGGGGAGGCAGUGGCGGCGGUGUGUGGUAGUGGUAUCAAUGGCGGCAGCGGCUGCAAGAACGGCAAUAGUAAUAAUAGCGGCGGUUCAGCAGCAGCGGCGGCGGCGGCGNGCCUGGCACUGCAGCGAUUAGAGGAGCUCAUUCGCCGAGAGACGCGGCAAGGCGUAGGGGAGGCAGUGGCGCGUGCGGCGGAGGCAGUGGCGGCGGUGUGUGGUAGUGGUAUCAAUGGCGGCAGCGGCUGCAAGAACGGCAAUAGUAAUAAUAGCGGCGGUUCAGCAGCAGCGGCGGCGGCGGCGACACAGGAGCUGGAGAGUCAACUGCGGGCGCUGAAGAGCAGCCACUCGAGGCGCGAAGAGGAGUGGCGUGCCGCCCUGCAGGAGAAGGACGGGACGGCGCGUCAGCUGGAGGAGCGGCUACGCAAUGCCCACGCCGGUAUCGACGAGGAGAUCGCGACGCUCACAAAAUCCCUCAACACGCACAAGAAGGACCGCCGGGCGCUCCAGACAAUCAUGGAGCAGCGCAUCAAGGUGAAGAUUGACGCGAUAUGUGAGCUUGUCGCAGCUGGGCCGCAGCUUCCACCGCAGGAACGCAAUCGUCUCUGCACGGAGGCCCGUGCACUGCAGAACUUGGUGAACGCAUCCAUCAGGGCUAUGGAGUCGUGA